AUGUCUAAACAUAAUAAUGAGAAUUCGAUUGUUGACGUAAUAAGAGUUGGAUCACGUAAAAGUGAGCUGGCUCUAAUCCAAACUAACCAUGUAAUCGAUUGUUUAAAAGAUUUGUAUCCAAAAAAAAAAUUUGAGAUAGUGACAAUGAAUACAAAAGGUGAUAAAAUAUUAGAUAUAUCACUGCCUAAAAUUGGGGAGAAGGCAUUAUUUACUCAAGAAUUAGAGAUAGCUUUAGAGCGUGGACAUGUUGAUUUUGUCGUGCAUUCAUUAAAAGAUUUACCUACCACAUUACCUCCAGGCAUGGCGUUAGGAGCAAUUAUGAAACGAGAAGAUCCAAGAGAUGCAGUCGUAAUGUCAAAGCGAAUGUCUGACAAAACACUACACACUCUACCAUCAGGUAGUGUAAUUGGUACGAGUUCACUGCGAAGAUCAGCACAACUAACCAGAAGCUUACCACACUUAGAAGUACGUAGCAUCAGAGGAAACUUAAACACGCGUUUAAAAAAAUUAGAUGACAAAGACGGGCCAUUUGCAGCAAUAAUAUUAGCAAUUGCUGGAUUGAAAAGAAUGGGCUGGGAAAACCGGAUAAGUGAACUAAUGGAGUUACCUAACGAGGAGAUAUUGUAUGCAGUCGGUCAAGGAGCACUAGGAAUCGAGUGUCGUGAGUCUGAUUGGAAGAUUCUUUCAAUUUUAGAACCACUCGCGGAUGUCAAUACUACUUUGCAGUGUGUCUGCGAAAGGUCUUUUUUAAAAACCCUGGGUGGUGGUUGUUCGGCACCUGUUGCAGUCGCUUCAUCUUUAAUUGACGACGAUUUGUCAAUGAUCGGUGCUGUAUGGUCUCUCGACGGUGAAACUCUGAUAAAAGAUACACUUUCGACGAAACUUUACCACCAAGAUGAUGAUGACAAUGACGACGAGCCGCCGAAAAAAUGCUCUUUUUUAGAACCCCGACUCUAUUGCAGUGUUUCUCCAGGUAAAAUGAAUGAAACGAGUCUUCUUGGCGCUGAGAAACUCGGCAAAGAGGUGGCUAAUAAGUUAAUUGAUAAAAACGCAUUAGAUGUUAUGUCAAGGGCUAGGGAUGAAAUAUUACGGUCUUAA